CGACCUGGUGUGAAGUAUCGGGACAUGGGAGAUGUGAUAACCAAACAGGCCAGUUUGGAUGGUUUCUCUGUAGUGCGUACCUAUUCUGGCCACGGAGUUCAUCACCUUUUUCACGGUCCACCGAAUGUUCCACACUAUGCACGAAACAAAGCUGUUGGCGUGAUGAAACCCGGUCACUGUUUCACCAUCGAGCCCAUGAUCAACGAGGGGACUUGGAGAGAUGAAUUGUGGCCAGACAAAUGGACCGCAGUCACCCGAGAUGGCUUACGUUCCGCCCAGUUCGAGCAUACCAUGAUUGUACUGGAUCCGAAAGACACGGAGCACGCCGCGCACGGCAUCCCUAUUGAGGUUGUCACUAAACGCGUCACCAAAGGGGAGGAUCCGUUAGGGUCUAACUUGACCUUGCCGGAUGAGGAUCAAUUGCACUACGAACGUUAUGGACGACCAUAUUUUGUGGAUCAGCUACAUCGACUCGGAUUGGACAAGUGGAUCACUACAGAACAAACCAAAGAACAGUGA